AUGACUGCAUUUGAAGAGUUCGGUGUUAUGCCGGAAAUAGGCAAAGCUAUAGAUGAAAUGGAAUGGAUGCUUCCAACCGAUGUUCAAGCCGAAGCCAUUCCACUGAUUCUAGGAGGAGGUGAUGUCCUCAUGGCAGCCGAAACGGGUAGUGGUAAAACUGGUGCAUUCUGUUUACCGAUUUUACAAAUUGUGUGGGAAACGUUACGUGAUAUCAAGGAGGGUAAGACGGGAAAAGCAUCUUCCAACAAAGGACAAGCAUGGACCUUUUCCUUCACCGACCGUGGUCAUGCAAUGGCCAUUACGCCUGAUGGGUUGCGCUGUCAGUCGCGAGAGUUUAAAGAAUGGCACGGAUGUCGCUGUACCACCGGUGUUCGGGGAAAGGGUAAAUACUACUACGAGGCGACGGUCACGGAUGAAGGACUAUGUCGUGUAGGCUGGUCGACGGAACUAGCAAGCCUUGAUCUUGGUACCGAUAGUUUCGGUUUCGGGUUUGGAGGAACUGGCAAAAAAUCUAACUGCAGACAGUUCGAUUCAUACGGCGAAGCUUUCGGAAAGCAAGACGUCAUAGGAUGCAUGCUCGACUUGGAUGAAGGGCAGAUAGGAUUUUCCAAAAAUGGUGUAUUCCUCGGUGUGGCUUUCAAGAUUGCAGAUGGAAAUUUGAAAAAUAGCACUUUCUAUCCAGCGGUGGUAUUGAAAAACGCCGAGAUAGCAUUUAAUUUCGGUCAAACUGAUUUCAAGUUUCCUUUACCGGCGGGCUACACAGCAGCAUGCAAUGCCCCCAAAGAGCAUACAACCGACAAUCCCAACACCGGGCCAUCAGGAAGUGCUGAAGGAGAAGCAGCCAAACCGAAACCGAAUGCACCUCAAGCAAUUGUGAUUGAACCGUCACGAGAACUAGCAGAACAAACGUUUAAUCAGAUUCGAAAAUUCAAAAAAUAUCUCAAAGAUCCAGAGGUUCGAGAGCUACUUUUGAUCGGCGGUGUUAAUGUACGCGAGCAAAUGGAAGUACUGCAACGUGGUGUGGAUAUAAUCGUAGCUACUCCGGGUCGUCUAGAAGAUCUUAUCGGAGGUGGAUACGUCUUGUUGAAAAGUUGCCGAUUUUUCGUUCUAGACGAAGCGGAUGGUUUGCUGAAGCAAGGUUAUACUGAUAUGAUUGAUCGGUUGCAUAAACAGAUUCCAAAAAUAACGUCUGACGGGCGCCGGCUCCAGAUGGUGGUAUGCAGCGCAACGCUCCAUUCUUUCGAAGUAAAGAAAAUGGCAGAGAGAUUAAUGCACUUCCCAACCUGGGUCGAUUUAAAAGGUGAAGACGCUGUGCCCGAAACCGUCCACCAUGUUGUGUGUAUGGUAGAUCCUCAGAAGGACAUAAGUUGGCAGACAAUGCGCAGUCACAUUCAAACGGAUGGGGUUCAUGCACGAGAUAAUGUUCGACCCGGUUCAAACACUGCGGAAACGCUUUCCGAAGCAGUUAAAAUGUUGAAAGGUGAAUACACCAUCAAAGCAAUUGAUGAACAUAAAAUGGACCGUGCUAUAAUAUUUUGUCGAACAAAGCUGGAUUGCGAUAAUAUGGAGCGCUAUUUGCGGCAGAUGCGCGGACAAAACUAUUCAUGCGUGUGUUUGCAUGGCGAUCGCAAUCCUCACGAACGAAAAGCGAAUUUGGAAAAAUUCAAAAAUAAGGAAGUGAAAUUUCUCAUCUGUACUGAUGUGGCCGCCAGAGGCUUAGAUAUUACGGGAUUACCGUUUAUCAUAAACGUAACGCUACCGGAUGAAAAAUCAAACUAUGUUCACCGUAUUGGACGGGUUGGUCGGGCUGAUCGAAUGGGAUUGGCAUUUUCAUUGGUUGCUUCAGUGCCGGAAAAAGUAUGGUACCACGGACAGUGGUGUUCUUCACGCGGCAAGAACUGUUGGAACACCGAAUUGACUGAUGUGAAGGGUUGCUGCAUGUGGUACGAUGAAAAAAUGUAUCUAGCGGAUAUAGAAGAUCACUUGACGGUAACUAUUCCCCAGAUUGAAAAAGAUAUGAAAGUACCUCUGAAUGAAUUUGAUGGAAAAGUGGUUUAUGGAGAGAAGCGCAUGAAUGCCGGUACUGGAUAUAAAGAUCACGUUGAGCAGUUGGGUCCAGUGGUACGCGAGCUGGCGCGAUUAGAACGUGAGGCUCAAACUCUUUACCUUAAACGAAUGGCGGUCUAAUAAGCAAUGUGUUAUAUGGCGUUUCUCUACUGUUUUACGAUAGCAUGUAACAUUGUAGAAGACAAAUAAGA